AUGUCGCUAUUUCCGAAAUCCCGACGCUUCCCGCCGCAGAAAGGCUCUGAAGUCCCAAGUCCAGGUCGUUAUAACCCGACGCUUCAUGAUCCCUCGCAAGACCCAUGGAGGAAAGGUCCAUUAGAGAUCUUCAAAGCUCCUCGAAACAAAGAAUCCGAUCCCGGUCCAGAUACGUUUGGUCUCUACAAUCCUGAUCAACAUUAUGAUAACAUCCAUGGCUCUAGGCCCCGACCGCGAGCAUUAUCUACUCUGGCGACACCAUCAAAGCACCACAAGGAACUGUUAAGAUUGGAAAGCAAACUGUCGGAACGUGAAUCAAAUAUUACACACUUAACCGAAACCCUGCAAAAGUCCGAACAGACUACCAAGGAAAUCAGAAACGCUCUGAAUAAGUCAGAAACCGAUAACAACAGUUUGAGGUCUGAAGUCGACCGAAUCAAAAAACAGCUUCAUGGGGUCGCCGGUCUUCAUGCAAAAGUUAUCGAACUGGAGGCAGAGCACGAUAAAAGCAAGAAACGGAGGGAGAAAGAGAUAUCCAGUCUCAAAACAGAACUCCGGUUGGUUGAAGAUCGUGCUUCGCAGUACUUGGCUGAGAAGCAAGACCUCCAAGGCGAUCUCCAACGAUUGCAGGCGUCGUUUGAAGAUUCUGAGCGCUCACUUCAAUCAACCAUUCGGAAAACCAAUCGGGAGCUAACAGGCUACCUGCAGAAAGUCCUCGAAGAACGCCAUAACCACCAGCGAGCCCUUCAACUCACACAAUGUCUAUCGCGUCUGGACGAUGUACAUGCCAAGAAAGUCUUGGCUGAUAGAGCCUCUCAAGUUGCCGAACUGGUCUCUCUCGUUCAUGAAGGUGCUGCGCGAGAGGAUUUGCUCUACGAAGUGUUUGACAGUCUGCUAGAAACAAACGACAUUCAGAUGCAACAGCUCAUGGAUCUAGAAAUGGACCUUCAUUCUGAACGUGAAGAGCUCAAGCAAAGUCUGGCCGAGCUACGGGUAGAGUCAAAAUACGGUCAACAACUUUCGGAUCAACAGCUGCGUGAAAAAGAUAUUGAAUGUCAACUUGCCCAUCAAAGGACGUUUCAAAUCCAAACUGAACUGUCCGAAUCUCGAGUGAUCUGCUCGUCCUUAGAAAAAUCCCUAAUCGACUCAUCUGAUGCGCUCAAGGAUUUGUCAGGGAGCUGUCUCUCCAAGUGCAAGGAGCUAGAAAAAUUGCAGGCGGAUCUGGAAAAGCGUGACUGUAAAAUCACCGAGUUAAACAAUUCAAUUCGAGCACUAGAGUCACAGGCCGUCGAAUCGAAUGCGCAAUUCCAGCGCUCGCAGGAGGAUCACUCACUCGCUGCCGAUGCGUGGCAACAAAAGCAAUCCGAAUUACAAUCCAGCCUCAAGAAACUCGAGAAAGACUUGAGAGAAGAGAAAUCAAAGCGCAACAAGUUAACCGGCGAGCUGCUGUUGACCAAGCAAGCGGAAGCAGCUUUACAGGGCGAAGUAGAACAUGCACAAAACCUGAGCACGCAACUGGAGGAAGUCGAGCGGGAAAAUGAGCAGUUACGGAUGAUCAACGACUUGCUCAUGAGGCAGUCCAACUUGAAUGCCGCAGAAGCCGCGAAGGUCGAAAAACUCAAUACGGAGCUUGUCAGUCAACGAAACCCAGCACAAAAAGUGAAGAUUUUGGAUCGUAUGCGAAAAGAAAUCAAAGAAGAAAGAGAGAAUACCGUCAAACUGGAAAAUCAACUAUGGGCCGCGAAUUCGGAAAUAAAAUCCCUGAAGGAUGAGCUGUUUGCUUAUCAAUCGGUUUCGCAUCCUACCUCCGCACCAACCACGCAAGCGUCAACCAUACAUAAUGGAAUGGGAAUCUCACGAGUGACCCGAGCGCCAUUAAGUGAAGUAAUGAAAACCUUUGAUAACCAACCGGACGUCCGCGAAAAAGGCAAGAAAGUUGAAAAAGAAGAUGCGAUUCGACCUACACCCAAAAUCACGAUGAGGACCAAAGGCAGACACCAGUCAUCCAACUUCGCAACACCGCCGGACUUCAUCCAAGAAACCGUGGCCGAACUAGCUCCAAGUGCUCAAGAACCCCAACAACCCAAACCUAGUAAAUUGCCAAUCAACAACACUUAUCACCCGAAAGUUUUGAGGAAGAAGGACGACUUGCGGAAAGACAAGCUGAUGACAAUCCACAAAAAUCAGGCUGACAAUGCCAAGACCAAUAUCAAUAAUGCCGGCGAAGUUAGUCUGGGGGCGAUCAAAAUGCAAGGCAAAAUGACUCUGGAGGAGCUUCGAUAG